UUAAAUUGUCUAAAAUCAGUGUACUCUUUUAGUAAAUGAGAGCAGGUGAACACCAAAAUGAGUCUUCAAAAUGAGUCAGAAGACGAGGAUUCUGCCUGUAAAAUGAGUUCUGCAUCUCCUGGAUCAAGCUGUGUGUCUAUGAAGAGUGAUCAGUCCAUAUUGAUGCCUCCUAACCUCAGUGAUGUAUCAGUGACCUCUGACCUCAGGAGACAGAGAUCAGAGUCUCCAGAACACAGCUGUGUGUCUCUGAAAAGUGAUCAGUCCAAGGGGAAAAAUCCUCCUGACCUCAGUGGUGCAUCAGUGACCUCUGACCUCAGUUUUAGCAGUCAAAAGAAACCUAAGGUGGUCGCAUUUGUCCAGUCUUCUAAAUCCAAAAAUGAGACUUGUAUCAUUCAAGAAAAUACAGAAACACCUCUGCAGAGACAAGCACUGGAGACUGGAGACCUGCAGAGAGUCAAAGACCAUCACAAAACCAGCAUGAAGAACAAAUAUGAGAAAUUUCUUGAGGGAAACAAACUCAAUCAGAAUGAAACCCUGCUGAACCGGAUCUACACCCAGCUGUACAUCAUAGAGGGAGAGAGUGAAGGAGUGAAUGAAGAACAUGAGGUUUUACAGAUGGAGAAAACAGCCAGAACAAAACACUCCCAACACACUCCAAUCUACUGCAAUGACAUCUUUAAAGAGGAGAAAGAGCAAAUCAAGACUGUUCUUACUAAAGGCAUCGCUGGAAUCGGAAAAACCGUCUCUGUGCAGAAGUUCAUUCUGGACUGGGCCGAGGGAAAAGCCAAUCAGGAUGUAGAUUUCAUGUUUGUGCUUCCAUUUCGAGAGCUGAACUUGAUCAGAGAUCAUCAGUACAGUCUUCACACACUUUUGCUGGACUUUCAUCCUGAACUUGAAGAUCUGGAGCCCAAGAUUUAUGAGGAGUGUAAAGUUGUGUUCAUCUUUGAUGGUCUGGAUGAAAGCAGAAUCACACUGAUGUUUUCAGACGCUCAGAAAGUUUGUGAUGUGACUGAGACUUCAUCAGUGGCUGUGUUGAUGUCAAAGCUGAUGAAAGGAGAGCUGCUUCCCUCUGCUCUCAUCUGGAUCACCUCCAGACCAGCAGCAGCCAAUCAGAUCCCCUCCAAAUACAUCAAGCGUCUGACAGAAAUUCAGGGAUUCACUGAGCCUCAGAAGGAGGAAUAUUUCAGGAAGAGAAUCAGUGAGCAGCAUCAAGCCAGCAGAAUCAUCUCACACAUCAGAAGAGCAAGAAGCCUCCACAUCAUGUGCCACAUACCCGUCUUCUGCUGGAUCUCAUCCACUGUGCUUCAGAAGCUCCUGGAAGAAGAUCUGAGUGCAGAAAUCCCUCAAACUCUGACUGAAAUGUACAUCCACUUCCUGCUGAUUCAGAUCAACAUGAGGAAUCAGAAGUAUGAAGAGAGAGAUCCAGAGAAACUCCUGCAGUCCAACAGAGAAGUGAUUGUCAAACUUGCUGAAGUGGCUUUCAGACAGCUGAUGAAGGGCAAUGUGAUGUUCUAUGAGGAGGACCUGAUUGAGAGCGGCAUCGACAUCUGUGAGGCCUCAGUGUGUACCGGGAUUUGCACUGAGAUCUUUAAGGAAGAAUCUGUGAUUCAGCAGAGGAAAGUCUACAGCUUCAUCCAUCUGAGUGUUCAGGAGUUUCUCGCUGCUUUCUAUGUGUUUUACUACCACAUAAGCAACACUUCUAUAGCAUGUUUUGAUUCACUGCAUAAACUCCAUAAAAGAGUAGUUGAUGAAGCCUGUGAGAGUAAAACUGGCUAUCUGGAUCUGUUCCUGCGGUUCCUGCUGGGCGUCUCACUGGAGUCCAAUCAGAGACUCUUCCAGGAUCUACUGACACACACAGAGAAGAGCUCAGAGAGCAUCAGGAGAAGCACACAGUACAUUAAAGAGAAGAUCAGAGAUGGACAUGGACUCUCCACUGAAAGAUCCAUCAAUCUGUUCCUCUGUCUGCUGGAAGUGAAAGAUCAGACUCUGUCCAGAGAGAUUCAGGAGUUUGUGAAAUCAGACAAACAGUCAGAGAAGAAACUCUCUCCUGCUCACUGCUCAACAAUCGCCUACAUGCUUCAGAUGUCAGAGGAGGUGCUGGAUGAGCUGGAGCUCCAGAAAUACAACACAUCAGAUGAGGGCAGAAGAAGACUGAUACCAGCCGUCAGCAACUGCACAAGAGCUCUUCUUGCUGGCUGUAAUCUCUCUGCUCAGGAUUGUGAAAUUGUGUCGUCAGUUCUUCAAUCCUCAAACUGUGUCCUGAGAGAGCUGGACCUGAGUAACAAUGACCUGCAGGAUUUAGGAGUGAAGCUGCUCUCUGAUGGACUGAAGAGUCCAAACUGUCAGCUGGAGAUACUGAGGUUGUCUGGCUGUAUGGUGACAGAGGAAGGCUGUGGUUUUCUAUCUUCAGCUCUGAGUUCAAACCCCUCACACCUGAGAGAGCUGGAUCUGAGCUACAAUCACCCAGGACAAUCAGGAGUCCAGCUGCUCCAACACACACUGGAGGAUCCACACUACACACUGCAGAAACUCAAUUUGGACCAUGGAGGACUUCCAUGUAUGACACCUGGACUGAGAAAAUAUGCCGUUAAUCUCACACUGGAUCCAAACACAGCACACACUCAGCUCAUCCUGUCUGAUGAAAACAAAACAGUAAGAUGUGUGAAAGAUCCUCAGCUGUAUCCUGAUCAUCCAGACAGAUUUAAGACCAAUGAGCAGGUUCUGUGUAAAGAGACUCUGACUGGACGCUGUUACUGGGAGGUGAAAUGGAGCGGCUCUGGUCAUAUUGGGGUGGCUUAUUAUGGCAUCGACAGGAAAAGUGGGCUUGAAUCUUGGUUUGGACUCAAUGAAAACUCUUGGAGUCUGUACUGCAGUGAUACAGUUUACACCGCCUGGUACAACAAUGAGAGCGCUGAUAUUAUUGCUCCUUCAGCUUGUAUUAAUAGAGUAGGAGUGUAUGUGGACGUGCCGUCUGACACUCUGUCCUUCUACAGUGUCUCUGAUGCAAACACACUCACACUCAUACACACAUUCAACACCACAUUCACUGAACCCCUCUACACAGGAUUUAGCAUUUAUCCUGAAUCUUCGGUGACUCUGUGUCAGAUUUAACAAUAGCGGAAGCACAUCUCCAUCAUCUCAGAGCAAAAUGAUUAAGAAAGGUCAUUGUACUUUGUUAUUUAUAGUUCAACGAGUUUUUUAAUUGUGACGUUUUAAAAGUUGCAAAAUUAUAUGUGAGAGCUGUUAUUGCAUUCUAGUGUGUGAUGAUGCACUGUGUGAGAAAUAGUUAGAUUGUAAUAUAUAUCUGGAAUUUGACAUAUGAAGUUGCAGUUAGGAAAUAGCUGCAAUUUUAAGAUUAAAGUCACAAUGCACAAUAUAAAGUGACAACUGCCAGAAAUAAAUCCAGUACGUCAAGAGUU